ACGAUCUUUGUUGGCAUUUUUUUUUUCCUCUGACGCGGAUGUCUGGUUGGCUGUCACGUAAAACUGGCAUCUCUCCUCCGGGUCGAAAAUCCUUUCUGACGAACAGUGAUGCCUUCUAGUAGCCAGUAUUAACAAGGCCGUUAGCCUGCGUGAACCUCUCUGUGUCGUCGUUGUGCUAAGUCCGCCGUCAGUCUGGAUGAGAAGAGAUGAGCCUCUGCGAUCCUAGAAGCUGUCACCAUGAGCAUGAAGAACCUGGGCGGAGCCUUGGGAGACUCCCUGGGCUCUAGCCUGGCGGUGCGGAUGAGCGGGGUGGCCGGUGGAUGGAGUUCUCUCUCCCUGAAACCCGUGGCCCCGGUGCGCAUCGGCUCCAUUUUCCAGACCAUGGUUCCCACUGGCUACACCAAGCUGCAGGAGGAUCGAUUAGCCAUGGUGGACUUGGGGGGAAAACCCGAGGUCGGCUCGCUGCAGAACGGCUACAGACAGGAGGCGACUCACAUGGAGGGCCGGCGGAUCGUGGAGCGGGCCUCCCGCUCCUCCAUAACUCUAUCGGACUGUGGAGAAGGGGGCUGCGCUGAGACAGAGCCCAUGCUGGCAGAGUGGAGGCUCUCCGGGGACGACGCCAGCGAUGAGGAGGAGGAAGAGGAGGAGAAGGAUACAGUGGAGGCGCUGGGGUCAGAUGGAUCCAAUAUGCCCAAAGAGUCGCCGCUGGCCAUGGCUUUGCAGAUACUGGUGCCUUUCCUCCUGGCUGGCUUUGGAACGGUGUCAGCUGGAAUGGUGCUGGAUAUUGUUCAGCACUGGGAGGCCUUCCAGUUCAUCACAGAGAUCUUCAUCCUGGUUCCUGCUCUGCUGGGCCUGAAGGGGAACCUGGAGAUGACUCUGGCCUCCAGGCUGUCCACAGCUGUAAAUGUUGGGAAGAUGGACUCUCCCAUAGAGAAGUGGAACCUAAUCAUCGGCAACCUGGCACUGAAGCAGGUCCAGGCCACGGUGGUGGGGUUCCUGGCAGCUGUAGCAGCCGUCAUACUCGGUUGGAUCCCAGAGGGGAAGUUUCAGAUGAGCCAUGCUGUUUUGCUGUGCUCAAGCAGCGUGGCCACGGCCUUCAUAGCCUCCCUGCUGCAGGGUAUCCUCAUGGUCGGGGUAAUUGUGGGGUCGAAGAAGACCGGCAUCAACCCGGACAACGUAGCCACACCCAUCGCUGCCAGUUUUGGUGACCUCAUAACUCUGGCCAUCCUGGCCUGGAUAAGCCAAGGCCUCUACAAAUGUCUGGACUCCUAUCCUUACGUAUCAUCGUUGGUUUGCGCCUUCUUCAUGUGUCUGACUCCUCUGUGGAUCGUCAUUUCCUCCAAGCACCCAGCCAGCCGCACGCUGCUGUACUCCGGAUGGGAGCCAGUCAUCACCGCCAUGGUCAUCAGCAGUAUUGGAGGACUCAUUCUGGACAAAACAGUGUCUGACCCUAACCUAGCCGGCAUUGUAGUAUACACCCCAGUUAUCAACGGUAUUGGAGGAAACCUGGUGGCCAUCCAGUCCAGUAGGAUUUCCACCCACCUGCAUUUCCACUGCGCUCCGGGAGAAGUUCCUGACGAGGCCAAGGGCUGUUACUACCCCUGCCGCACAUUCUGUGGCACAGGAGCAAAUCAUCGCUCAGCUCAGGUUCUGCUGCUUCUGGUGAUCCCCGGCCACCUGAUCUUCCUCUACACCAUCCACCUGAUGAAGAGUGGCCACACCACGCUCACCCCCAUCUUCAUGUCCGUUUACCUGGCUGCUGCUCUGCUGCAGGUUCUGCUGCUGCUGUGCAUAGCAGACUGGAUGGUUCACUCCAUGUGGCGCAGCGGCAAAGACCCCGACAGCUUCUCCAUCCCCUACCUGACGGCUCUGGGGGACCUGCUGGGCACAGCGCUGCUGGCGCUCAGCUUCCACUUCCUGUGGCUCAUCGGAGACCAAGACAGCGAUGUGGGAGACUGAGCCGGCCGCCGCAGCUAGAACACCCAGCUCUAGCGCCCUCUUGCCCUGAUGGAACCCGGUGCGUUCUCUCACGGCAAUCUACAUGUUGGGAUACAGACUCACUUUCUCUUCUGCCUUGUUUUCUUACAUGUAGAAGGCUUCAUACUCUUAACUUAAGACUCUGAUUUUUGUUGGGCUUUUUGCAGCCAUUCUAAUCUGCAUCUUUUGUACCAAAGCAUUUGAGUUUUAUUUUGCUGGUUUUGUCGAGAGGAGAACGAAAACAUGGCCUUCUUCUCAUCGAGGAGGUGAAAAUAUUUUGGAAAUUUUGGGAACUUUUUAUGCACAAGUAAUCCCAAAACGAACUCCCUGUGAAAAUCUUAGACCGCAAUGGCCGAAUGAGAGAGAACUUUAAAGGCAGUGACUGUGACCGGACCGGCUGAAACCGGAACAGACGUCAGCUAACAUCCUCCAUUCAGCCUGUUUUAGCACAAACAAACACACACACAGCCUUCUGUUCCCACAGGUUCAUUCCACCAUCAUCACAUGGGUCCUGACAUCGAGGUUUAUGAAUGUUUUAAAGAGUUCCUCCUCCACCUGUUGCUGAGCAACUGCUGGUCAGCUGGCUGAAUGAAUAUUUUUUCUCACACUUGCAAAAACAGCAGAAUUAUGCAGUUCAAUAUUUCUGCUUACAGAAGAGGGAAGUUGGUGACCCCAAACAUCUUUUUGGUAACAGAUGGUACUUUUACUGAAGGUUCUCAUGAUGCCUUGUGAAAUAACAGAUCUGCUCAGAUUAAAUAUGUCAUUUAUUAUCUCAUCAUUUAGCAUUAGCAUAUGUAGCAAUCAGAUGAAGGAGCUGAUGAAAGAGAAGAAAUAAAAAGCUGUUGACAAAUUUCUGUUUAUGCUUUAAAUUCCAUUAGUUAUAUUCUAUAUUUUAUUUUUGUCAAAUUGUGUAUUCUUGUUUUGUGUCUAAGCAGGAAGAGGAAAUACUUUUGUUUCUGUUUGGAUGUCAGUUCGCCCCUUUGCCAGUUUAGAAAUCCUUAUUAAUACCAUCUGAGUUAAUUUCAGUUGGUUGGUAUUUUUGAAUAGUGCAGCUACAUAGUUGUACAAAAUGCUCAAAUUUGCUGUAUUUUCAAAUUGCGUAUUAUUCUCUAGAGAUCCACCGAUUGUAAUUUCCUGGCCGAUCACCGAUCUUUAAAAAGUCUGACCAACUGAUUCUGAUUUUAGCCUACACCAAUUUAUUAUUUUUGUAUAUAAAGUUGCUAAAUAUUAUGACAGUCACAACAGCCGUUGCCUGGUGGGCGGGGCUUUCAGUCACAGCAGAGCAACAUGGACAGUAGCUGAUUUUUAGAUCUGUGCAAAGGUGGAUAAUAUUGGUUUUUCAUUUAUCAACUGAUCUCCCAAAAUUAAGAAAAUUGGGUCCAAUUGAUCAGUUCACUCCCCAUUCCAUUGAUUUUUGUUCUGACCCGCUUUUGGCUCUAAGCUGCUUUUGUGAAAUUAUGAACUCUGGUGAAACCAAAAUCACAUAAGAUAUUUAUUGAAGCGACAUAACCAUGUUUCAUUACAGUUGACCUCAAGAAGGUUAUAGAAGAUAAAUAGUGUGUCAAAAAAAAUGGCAAAGGGGCAACAUGAGUGUCCCCCAUGGUGGAAACAUAGUUGUUUCUGCGGUGUUGACUUGCAUACCAGCAAACAGCCGUCACUAUUCAACCUAACUUGGCAGCAGUUUUGUGUUCUGUUCUUGUUUCCAGGUGAGUUCCAUCUGAAGGCUCUUCAGUGGAGCUCACCUCUUUCAGGGAGCUGAUUCUAGCUGACAGCUGCCACAACAGCAGCAGAAAUGAGGCUUCUACAAUACGAUCAGCGGCUCUCUCAAUUUUACACAGCCUGCUGAAAUGACUGCUGGAAAGAUGUGAAGGAAAUGGCAGCAUCAUUUUUGACACAAUUUGACUUUCAUGUUGUAGAAAUCAGUUAAUCUGCUGGAUUUAUUUCUGCAGUCUUACUCGUCCGCUUGGUCUCACUGUGAAGCUGAAAAAUCAAACCCAUCUUCAGACAUCUAGCAGACACAAGUGGGAUUUGGAGCGGAUUGUAAUUUCAUCUGCCUUCACAAAAACCCAGUUCCAUCUUAAGAAAAGUAACCCAAGAGCAUGAUACUGCCACCACUUUGCUUCACUGUUUUUUUUUUGUUUUGUUUUGUUUUUUUUAGUGGUGUGUUUUUACUUAUCAGAUUUUUUUUUCUUUUUUCAGUUUAGUUGUGCAAAGAAAGUAUUGAAAAAGUUUUAGAGGAUUCAUCAGGGUGUCAUGUUAUUACAUCACAGAAAGCAGCCAUCUUAGCAGGUGUGUCUGAGAGCUGCUGUGUUCAGAAGAGCCUCUCCUCCUUCUUCAUGUGCCUCUAGAGAUUCACUAGCCUGGUGUUCUCAACUGCUAUCAAUGCAAGUUUCUUUUUACUGCUUUUACCUUGUUUCAAAUGACACACCCACUAUUGGGAGUGAAAUGUGUUGGGUUACAAUGAUUUUCUUUCUUUUUUUAUUAUUAUUUUGGAAUGAUUAAUACAACUGUGCAAUCUUGUUCUCUCUUCUAGCUCAUAUGGACCUAAAUAUUUCAAAAUAAAUGUUACUAAUUUGAAAAGUGAA